AUGGAAGAGGACGAGGGGGUGUGCUGGGCGACGCAAGCCUUCCCCCCGUCACCACCGGCUCUGCCAGAGCCAUACACGAGACCUGCAAUCGCUGAGGAGGAGAAAGAGCGAAAUCUCGAGAUCAAUCUGACACAACAUGGCGAGGGCAGUUCGUCAUCGUCUCAGUGGGCCGAGCUUGAUGUUCUCCUGGACUCGUUUACGCCUCAACCUGCCUCGGGCAAUGCCGCGGCACCCACCGCAACCACCACCACCACGCGUAGCCGCGGUAGUGUGGACUACGUCCUCCAUGCCGGCCUGAACGCGGAGCAGAGGGAGGCGGCCGAGGCGCCCGUCGAUCGACCUCUCCUGAUCUGUGCCGGCCCCGGCACCGGCAAGACCCUCACUCUGUGCCAUCGCAUCGUGGACCUGGUGGCGCGGCAGAACGUGAGGCCGGAGGCGAUCCUGGCCAUCACCUUCUCUCGCAAGGCGGCCGACGAGAUGCGGCACCGGCUCGAUUCCCUGUGCCCGCUGACGCGACCCGUCACCGUCUCCAACUUCCACAGGUUCUGCUGGCGCCUGUUGCGACUGUCGCGCGACGCGUGCGGGAGCGUGGGGCGGGACUUGGAGGUGAUCGAGAAGCGGAGGCAAGCCGAACUGAUCGAAGAGUGCCUGGAACUCUGGUCGCCGGAGGAGGAAGAAAAGGGAAACGCGGAGGCGAAUGACGAAGAGGACUCAGUGGACGUGGAAGAAGAAGAUGAUGAUGGAGACGAAGAAGAAGAACCGGGCCGGCGCCGUGCCAAGAGACGACGUCUGGAAGCUCCCUCGAAAGAGAGCAACGAACGACAGGCGCGCUUGACCGUGAACUACUUCCUGCAGUUCAUCGGCCGAGCCAAGGCCAACCUGCCCCUGUCCCAAGAAUACGAUGAGAAGUGGGACGCCAGGCAUCGCUUCGUCUACGCCAAGUACCAGGAGCGCUUGGAGGAGGAGGGCCUGGUCGACUUCCACGACAUGAUCCGCAAGUCGGUGCAGCUGCUCACCACCGACCCAGCACUCCUCGCGCGCUACCAGCAAAUGUUCCAGGUCGUGCUCGUAGAUGAGUUCCAGGACACAUCGCGGCUGCAGUGGGAGCUGGUGCGACUCUUGGCCCAACCGCACAAGGCCGUCACAGUCAUCGGAGACCCGCACCAGACCAUCUACAGCUUCAGGGGGACCAACUUCGAUAACUGGAAGGAGUUUCACCGGUCCUUUGGCGAGGGCGCGCUGUAUCUUUCGCUCCAACAAAACUACCGAUCGUCCAAAACGAUCCUGCAAGCGGCCCAAAGCGUGAUAUCAAACAACCCAAGUCCCAGCGCUUCAGCGGUGGAAUUGGGAUUCGCGCUGCCCUACACGCGGCUGCACACGGCCAACGCGCAGGGGAACCUGGUAGGGCUGACCGUGUGCGAGGACUGGGAAACGGAGAUGCGGCGGGUCAUCGCCACGAUCAAGGAGAAGAGCAGGCGGAAGGAGUACCGCUACCGCGACAUGUGCGUCCUAUUCCGCAACUUCAAGUCGCGCGGGUUCUCGCUGGCGGCCUUCGAGGAGGCGCUCGCGCAGCGCAACGUGCCCUACGUGAUCAGCGGCGCGGACAGGGACGCGGCGGAGAGCAGCGGCUGGCAGCCGAGCACCGCCAGCGGUGGCGAGAGCGAGGUGAUCGUCGAUUGCCUCUCGCUCAUUGUAGAUACCAACGACACCGACGAGAGUUUCAUUCGCGUGCUCCACUCGACCUCCGCAGGCACCCUAAUGAACGGCCUGCGAGCGCGAGCGCACGUGGAGGGCACUUCGCUCUUCCGCGCGGCCAAACUGUACAUAGCAACAGCGGGGGAGAAGGACGACGGCCAUCGUAUCGAGGUCCUGCGGCGCAUUGUAAAAAUGGUGGAGCGGACGAGGGCCGAGCUGCUGCUGGACUCGUGGGAGGAAGACGAGAGCGAGGAGCGCGACGACAGCGCGUCGCCGGCGAGGGCCAACAAGGGGCCGGCGCGGGCUCCGCGGAAGGUCCUGGCCGACGUCAUCGAGGCCGUCGCCAGGUGGCUCGAGCGCGUCGACGACACCGAUGGCGAUGGCGAGGGGGACCACCAGGAACAGGACCAGGACAGCGAGAGAGAUUUCCUGCUGACGGACUCGGCCGCUGAGCCCGACCAGCGGCGUCAGAGCAGGGCGGAAUUUGUGAACCGGCUCAAGCAAGAGGCCAGCCGCUACGAGACCACGCGACGACUGGACACCGAGGAAUAUACGUUCAGUCUUUCUCUUCAGGAGCUGCUGGCCGAUUUCGUUAAGCAGCGAGCCAGCGGAUCGACCGGCAGACACGAGGGCGGCGGCAAACAGAACGCUAUCACCCUCAGCACCAUCCAUCGGGCCAAGGGCCUGGAGUGGCCGGUGGUGUUCCUGGUACAGAUGAACGAAACGGUAAUGCCCUCGUGGCAGGCCCUCAAAUCUCUGCUCAGCCCCGAGGGCGCAACCGAGGACGAACAGCGUGACCAACACACCAGGGCCUUGGAGGAGGAGCGAAGGCUCUGCUACGUGGCCAUGACGCGUGCGCGGGAGCGGCUCUUCAUCAGUUUUGUGAAUAACUCACGGGGAGACGCCAAGGUGUCGCGCUUCGUGCUUGAGAUUCCAGAGGGGCUGGUCGUGGCCAACCGCGUGGUGGAAGAAGAACGAAGCGAUAGAGAGGAAAGCGAAGACGACGACAGCGGCGGCGGUGGAGAAGGCUCUGACAUCUCCGAAGGCGAUGAGGAAAACGAAGAGGAAGACGACGACGGAGAGGAAGAAAACGGCGGCGUCGGCGGGCGGCUGGUGCGGCUCUUCCGGCCGCUGAAGAAGCGAGGGCUCGUGCCGGUGAAGACGGCCGACCCCGUCGCCCAACCCUCCAAGCGGGCGAAGCGGCGGGUCAUCUUCGUGCGCAGCCGCCGCCGGUCCACCACCGCCGAACCCCUGCACGCGGCCCCCCAUGGUCCCGCUUCUCCGCCGCCGGCCCUGGCGCCUCAACUCCCACCACCACCGCUGCUGCCGUCGGCGAUGCCGGCGGUCGCCGAUGAGACGACGACCACGUCGGCCUCGGUGGUGGCGAUGACGACGACGACGACCAGCGAGGCCAGCGCUAGCGAGGCGACCACCUUUCCGCCGGCCAGGCGAUUCCUGCGCAGCUCCCGGACCAAGCGACCGCCCCUUGUGCGGCCGUCGACAAAGGACGAGCAACUCACCGACGACCGCGACGACGAAGGGGAGAACGCCAGCGACGAUGACGAUGACGACGAUGAUGAGAGUGAUGAAGAUGACGAAGCUGACGAUGACGAUGAGAAGGAAGAGGAGGAGAGCGACACACCGGAGGCAAAGAAGGAAAAGGAGAAGGAGCGACACCCGCACCUCCCGCCGGCGCGGCGCUACGUGUCGCCCAACUCGAAGCAGAACAUGAAGAGCCGCUCGCGCGAGUCCGUCCACGGCCCCGCGCCGCCCCUCGUCCUCCUGUGA